AAUUCAGGGGCCAUGGCCCAUACUGCUCCCAUAAAUCCGCCUCUGGCUAUAUAUGGUGCUCACUGCUCCAUUAGUCCAUUUGCACAGACUAGCUAGUGUAGUAGUAGUUAUCUACUGAGAAACCGAAAAAUGGAGAAUGAGGUGGUUCUUCUGGAUUUAUGGGCGAGCAUGUUUGGUAUGAGGGUUCGAAUUGCGCUUGCAGAGAAGGGUAUAAAGUACGAGUACAUUGAACAGGAUAUAUGGAACAAGAGCGAUCUUCUUCUUCAAAUGAACCCAGUUCACAAGAAAGUCCCUGUUCUCAUCCACAAAGGCAAACCCAUCUGCGAGUCUCUCAUCGCCGUUCAGUACAUUGAUGAGGUCUGGAAUGAUAGAUCUCCACUCCUACCUUCUGAUCCGUAUCAAAAAUCUCAGGCCAGGUUCUGGGCUGAUUAUGUUGACAAGAAGAUAUAUGACCUUGCAAAGAAGGUGUGGGCAAGAAAAGGAGAAGAGCAAGAAGCUGGUAAGAAGGAAUUCAUUGAAGCCCUUCAAUUAUUGGAAGCAGAGCUAGGAGACAAACCGUUUUUCGGGGGAGACAAGCUUGGUUUCGUAGACAUUUCGCUUGUCACAUUUUAUAGCUGGUUUUAUGCAGUUGAGACCAUUGGCAACUUCAGUAUAGAGUCUGAAUGUCCCAAGUUCAUUUCUUGGGCCAAGAGGUGUCUGCAGAAAGAAAGCGUUGCUAACACUUUACCUAACUCAGAAAGGGUCUAUGAAUUCCUUUUGGAUGCUAAAAAGAGGCUCGGUAUUGAGUGAAUGGCUAUAGCAAAUUCUGAUAAUAUGUGAAGCUGGGUUGGUUU